AUGAGUUCCAACUCCCACGUCCCCUAUCGCCUUGACGGAAAGGUCGCACUGGUGACGGGCUCCGGCCGUGGUAUUGGCGCAGCUAUAGCCACAGAGCUGGGCCGUCUUGGAGCCAAAGUCGUCGUUAAUUACGCCAACUCGGCCGAUUCAGCUGAAAAGGUGGUGGCCGGCAUCAAAGAGCUUGGCUCUGAUGCUGUCGCUUUCAAAGCAGACAUUCGACAAGUCCCCCAGACGGCCCAACUGAUGGACGAUGCAGUGGCUCAUUUCGGGGGUCUAGACAUCGUCUGCAGCAACUCGGGCGUGGUCAGCUUCGGGCACCUCGGUGACGUGACCGAGGACGAGUUCGACCGCGUCUUCAGCCUCAACACACGCGGCCAGUUCUUCGUGGCCCGCGAGGCCUACCGCCACCUGAAUGAGGGAGGGCGCAUCAUCCUGAUGUCGUCAAACACCGCCAAAGACUUCAGCGUGCCCAGGCACUCCCUGUAUUCUGGGUCUAAGGGCGCCAUCGACUCGUUUGUGCGCGUCUUCUCCAAGGACUGCGGCGACAAGAAGAUCACUGUCAAUGCGGUUGCCCCGGGGGGUACUGUGACGGAUAUGUUUCACGAUGUCUCCCAGCAUUACAUCCCUAACGGAGAGAAGUAUAGUGCUGAGGAGCGCCAGCAGAUGGCCGCUCACGCAUCUCCACUGCACCGUAACGGCUAUCCGGUUGAUAUCGCUCGCGUCGUGAGCUUCUUGGCGAGCAAUGAAGCUGAGUGGGUGAACGGGAAGAUAUUGACACUGGACGGUGGUGCCGCGUAA